AUGCCUGGUUUUUCGCAGGCCUCAGAUCUCAAUGCCUGGAAGGAGCUCCAGGAGCACCACAGCACCCUGGGGCGCAACAUUGUCUUGAAGGAAUACUUCGAGAAGGACCCCCAGCGCUUCCAGAAGUUCAGCCACACUUUUGCCAAUACCGUGGACAACUCGGGCAUUCUGUUCGAUUUCUCCAAGAACUUCCUCACUGAGGAGACCCUCUCCUUGCUGGUGAAGCUCGCCAAGGAGGCUGGCGUCGAGAAGCUGCGCGAUGAAAUGUUCGCCGGUGAGCACAUUAACUUCACCGAGGACCGUGCUGUCUACCAUGCUGCUCUGCGCAACACCUCCAACGAGCCCAUGCAGGUCGAUGGCAAGAGCGUUGUUGAGGAGGUCAACAGCGUGCUUGAGCACAUGAAGGAGUUCUCGGAGCAGGUCCGCAGUGGUGAGUGGAAGGGUUACACUGGCAAGAAGAUCAACACUAUCAUCAACAUUGGUAUCGGUGGCUCGGAUCUUGGCCCCGUCAUGGUUACCGAGGCUCUCAAGCCUUACGGCCAGCCCGACAUGAAGCUGCACUUCGUCUCCAACAUUGAUGGCACUCACAUCGCUGAGGCCCUCAAGGACUCUGACCCCGAGACCUCUCUCUUCCUGAUCGCUUCCAAGACCUUCACCACCGCCGAGACCUGCACAAACGCCAACUCUGCCAAGACUUGGUUCCUCGAGUCGGCCAAGGAUGAGGCACACAUCGCUAAGCACUUCGUUGCUCUCUCGACCAACGAGUCUGAGGUGACCAAGUUCGGCAUUGACAGCAAGAACAUGUUCGGCUUCGCCUCGUGGGUUGGUGGCCGUUACUCCGUGUGGAGCGCCAUCGGUCUUUCCGUGGCUCUGUACAUCGGAUAUGAGAACUUCCACCAGUUCUUGGCUGGUGCCCACGCCAUGGACAAGCACUUCCGCGAGACUCCCCUCGAGAAGAACAUCCCCGCCAUUGGUGGUCUGCUGAGUGUUUGGUACAGCGACUUCUUCGGUGCCCAGACUCACCUGGUUGCUCCCUUCGACCAGUACCUGCACCGCUUCCCCGCCUACCUGCAGCAGCUGUCCAUGGAGAGCAACGGUAAGGCUAUCACCCGCAGUGGUGAGUAUGUCAAGUAUACUACAGGCCCCAUUCUGUUCGGUGAGCCCGCCACCAAUGCCCAGCACAGCUUCUUCCAGCUGCUACACCAGGGUACCAAGCUCAUCCCCGCCGACUUCUUGAUGGCGGCUGAGUCUCACAACCCCGUUGAGAACGGCAAGCACCAGCGCAUGCUUGCUUCCAACUUCCUUGCCCAGUCCGAGGCCCUGAUGGUCGGUAAGACCCCCGAUCAGGUCCGCGCCGAGGGUGCUCCCGAGCACUUGGUCUCCCACAAGACCUUCCUGGGUAACCGUCCCACCACCUCCAUCCUGGCCCAGAAGAUCACUCCCUCCACCCUGGGUGCUUUGAUCACCUACUAUGAGCACGUCACCUUCGUCGAGGGUGCUGUGUGGAACAUCAACUCCUUUGACCAGUGGGGUGUCGAGCUUGGCAAGGUCCUGGCCAAGAACAUCCAGAAGGAGCUGGAGUCCGAGGGUGCCAGUGGCUCACACGAUGCCUCUACCAGCGGACUGCUUGCUGCUUUCAAGGAGAAGGCCAAGCUGGCGUAG